GGUUGCUCUUGUAUGCUUUGAUAAUUGACUAAAUGGAAUUGUUUAAGUACUUUUUCCGACAUAAACACAUACAUACAUGUAUAGAUGCUUUUACCCACCUGGUGAAGGUGAAGUAACUUGAAAUGACCUAGAUUUGUUUCUGGAUAGAAUGUAAUGUUUUCCACACCUGUAGCUGCUAGUUGAUAAAAUGGCGUUCACCUGGGUAAUGAAUGGAUUUACGUUAGACGGGCAGCCCCUCCGUGCAGUUUCACUCAUGUUCCAGCAUUCGAGCGCGUCGUUUGCUCCUCACAGCAUCUCACACCAUGAUGGCUUCUGACUUCUCUGACAUAGAGGCGUUUUUGGACGGACACCCCGACCUCUUUGAGGAGUAUCUGGUUCGAAAAGCCAAGUGCGAGCACAUUAGCAGGUGGAUGAGGGAACACCAGGCCCCGAAAGUAUCCACAGCCGAGGAGAGACGCUUCCCAGCCAAGGACCCCGCUCUCUGGCCGGCCAAUCCGGACGCUCUCCGGCGCAGGUCGUCUCACCUGGAGCUUCGGCGCAACUUCGCCCGGUCCAAAGCCACCACGGCACACCGAACUUACGACGAGCACGCCAGCUUCAGCCAGCAGGACCCUCAGUCUAGCAUGAGGCGCCGCGCGCUCCUGCGUAAAGCCAGCUCCCUGCCUCCCACCACGGCGCACAUCCUCAGCGCCCUGCUGGAGUCUAGAGUCAGCGUACCCCAGUAUGCAUCCACGGCCACCGACCACAAGUGUCGGCUCAGGGAGACCAACGAGAGGGAGUUCUUCCUCGAGCUGGUUAAGGACAUCUCCAACGAUCUGGACUUGACCAACCUGAGCUAUAAGAUCCUGAUCAACGUGUGCAUCCUUGUGGACGCAGACAGAUGCUCCCUCUUCUUGGUGGAGGGACCGGCGCACAAGAGGACACUGGUGUCCAAGUUGUUUGACGUGCACUCGGGGACCACAAUCAGACCUUCAUCCAACACCCUCAACUCCAACGAGGUGCAGGUGUCUUGGGGAAAGGGCAUCAUUGGAUAUGUGGCAGAGCAUGGAGAGACUGUCAACAUCUCCAACGCAUAUGAGGACCACCGCUUCAGUGACGAGAUAGACAAGUUAACAGGCUACAAGACCCAGUCCAUUCUCUGUAUGGCCAUCUGCAACAGUGAUGGAGAGGUCAUUGGUGUUGUACAGGCAAUCAACAAAAAUCCCACUGGAACACCUUUCACAGAGGAUGAUGAGAAGGUGCUGCAGAUGUAUCUACCCUUCUGUGGAAUAUCCAUAUCAAACGCCAAGUUGUUUUCUGAAUCUCGCAAGGAGUAUGAAAGGAGUAGGGCUUUGCUGGAGGUGGUUAACGACCUGUUUGAGGAGCAGACCGACUUGGAGAAGAUCGUUCGGAAGAUCAUGCAGCGAGCGCUCACCCUUUUGCAAUGCGAACGCUGCUCUGUGCUUCUCCUCGAGGACAUCGACUCACCAGUUGUGAAGUUCUCCAAGACGUUUGAGCUGAUGUCCCCCUUGAGCAACAUGGAUCAUGACAUCAGCAUGGAGAAGCUGUCUUGCUCUGAUUGGCUGAUCAAUAACAGCAUCGCCGAGCUGGUGGCCUCCACGGGACUCCCAGUUAACAUCAGCGACGUGUGCCAGGACCCGCGCUUUGAUGCCGAGGCGGACCAAGCCUCAGGGUUUCAUAUACGAUCGGUGUUGUGUGUGCCUAUCUGGAAUAUAACUCAUCAGAUUAUAGGGGUUGCACAAAUUUUGAAUCGGCUUGACAGGAAGACCUUCAAUGACGCAGAUCAGAGACUGUUUGAGGCAUUUGUGAUUUUCUGUGGACUGGGCAUCAACAACACUAUGAUGUACAAUCAAGUGAAGAAGACGUGGGCCAAGCAGUCUGUAGCACUAGAUUGUUGUGCUCUACUGCCCCGCAUCCAUCCUCAGAUGUUAUCCUACCACGCUACAUGCUCAAAGGUAGAAGUUGACCGUCUCAAGGCAGCUAAAAUCCCCCUGAGCAGCGAGUUGGGCAUUGACGAGCUUCAUUUCAACGACUUCUCUUUGGACAACGAUGCUAUGAUUACAGCUUCGCUUAGGAUGUUCCUGGAACUUGGGGUGGUCCAGACUUUCAAGAUAGACUAUGAGGUUUUGUGCCGCUGGCUUCUCACUGUGAGGAAGAACUACAGAACUGUGGCCUAUCAUAACUGGAGGCACGCCUUCAACGUGUCCCAGUGCAUGUUCGCUAUGAUCACAUCAGCCAGCUUCCAGGACGUUUUAUCUGAAGCUGAGAUUUUGGCUUUGAUGGUUGGCUGUCUGUGCCAUGAUCUGGACCAUCGUGGCACCAAUAAUGCAUUUCAAGCCAAGACGGGUUCUGCUUUGGCGUUGCUCUACGGGACGUCAGCAACCCUGGAACACCACCACUUCAAUCAUGCAGUCAUGAUCCUGCAAAGCGAGGGUCACAAUAUCUUUGCCAACCUCUGCUCCAAAGAAUACAGCAACAUGAUGCAACUGUUAAAGCAGGCCAUUCUCUCCACAGACCUCACUUUGCACUUUGAGCGUAGGAGCAAAUUCUUUGAAUGUGUUCUUGCUGGAAAAUUCAGCUGGACGGAUGAAAAACACAGAGAGGUCCUCAGAUCCAUGCUGAUGACAGCUUGCGAUUUGGGUGCGGUCACUCGGCCUUGGGAGAUAUCCAAACAGGUUGCCGAGCUGGUGACAAGUGAAUUUUUUGAACAAGGUGACAGGGAGAGGUCUGAGCUGAAGUUGACCCCAGCGGCUAUAUUUGACCGCAAUCGAAAAGAUGAGUUACCUGCCUUACAGUUAGAGUGGAUAGAUGGCAUCUGUAAACCGCUCUAUCAGUCACUGCUGAAGCUCAACAGGAAAUUGCAGCCAAUGGUGGAAGGGAUAGACGCCAACCGAAAGAGGUGGCAGGAGCUGUGCGCGUCUAACGAGCACCCACACGACGCCUCGGUGAACAAUCAGAGAUCUGAACACAGUCAGAACCCCGAGGCUGUGGAAGCCAGGAAGGAGUCCACUGUCAAACCGGCGGAAAACACCAAGAUGGGGUUAAAGGGUCAUCAGGUGUGACAUUUGGAGCCACCCACAACAGCUGGACCAAAGGAGGAAAACAAGUUGAAGGUUAGGUUCAGCCGACUGGAAUACUUUCCUUACAAUGUGAUGAUGAAACACGUGCUGGUAUUACUGCAAUGCUUUUUAAAAAGUUGGAGGUGGACCUGUUUGGUUCCUGCCUGCUAGGGACAGAUGCACAUGUUACCAUCAUAAGACCAGACAAACUUCUCCAAAGUAGACAGAAACUGCGGUUCAAGUUACGUCGGAGCUCAGCCACGCGCCCAUGAAGAACAUCUAGGCUCGCUGAAAGAUAGUCAAUGAAUCCACAUAUACAUGGACGACUCAUUCAUAUUGCAUGUUAAUGAGACCUCAUCAACCAGCAACCAAUUACACUUCAUAAAGUGUGUGGACGUACCCGCCACAACACUGUCCUACAUCUCCAUUUUCAGACUUGCAUAUAUGUUUAAAAUGUUCUACAUCAGGGGUGUCCGAACUUAUUCCAGCACGGGCCGCAUACAGAAACAUUGUGUGGGGCAGUAUGAUGAUACAUUUUGUACAUUAAAGAUGCUAAUACCAAUGCAAUGUAGGCAGUGCUGUGCGGCCAUGGGAGGCAGGGGAAGCAGAGCCUCAAAAAAUACAAACGUGAAUAAUAGCAUAAAAUAAAUAUUAGCAUUUGUCAGUUGAAAUGUAUAAUAGAUGUAUUUUCUGUAUGAUUCCAAUUGUUUUUAACAUUUUCGUAGAAAAGAGAAAAUCACUCAUUUUGACGAUUUCCUAUCAAAUACAGGGAAGAAACGUAAGGCGAGGCCACCGUGAGGAUGGCUUAGUGCACACCGAGUUGGCUCAUGGCGCCUGCCAGCUUGGGUUUGUCAGCAUGUCACCAAUAAUAUAAUGUUUCAAAAAUAUUUAUUAUGCACCGUCACUUUAAUGGAAGUGUGACGUCUAGGCCUGUCACGAUAACAAAUUUCGCUGGACGAUAAUUGUCCUACAAAUUAUUGCAGAUAAACGAUAUUAUUGUCAGCGUUGUUUUGGGACAAUUUUUUCAUUAAUGUAAUAAUGCUAUACGGCAUAAUAAUUUCAGUACAUUGUAUUGAAAUUUGUCGUCUUAGUGUCAGAUGAAUAAAGUAUCUAUCUAAAAAAGUUUUUUUUUUUUAAGUCAUCAUAUUAUGAAAAACAAACAAAACAGUUUUUUAAAUUCUUCUGGAAAAUUAGGUUGAAAAAAAUGUUAUAAUGUGGAAGAAAGGCAAAAUAUUAUGGAAAUAAAGUCAUUAUAUUAAGAAAAGAAAAUUUAUGAAGAUUAAGAAUUAAGAAUAGAAGCAAUAUUUGGAAAAUGUAAAAAAAAAAAAAAAUCAGCAAAAAUUGGGGGAAAAAAGAACAAAGUUCAUACUAAUAGGUUUUUUCACCAAGAUCACUGAGUUGAGCAGUUUUUUGUUUUUUUUUUUAAUAUAACUUGUUAGCAUAUCUGCAUGUGUUGCUUUACAAAAUACCAAAGUGGCCCUUGCAUCCUUUGAUUUUUCACAUUGUGGCCCUCGCUGGAAAACGUUUGGACACCCCUGAUCUACUGUGCUGGGGUUUUCUGCCAUCCUGAUUGUGUAGAUCUUGUUCCUGAAUGUCAUGAAUCUGUUGCCGUCCUUUCUUACCUUUCUCAGUUGUUGUCUUUUGCUGCAUGGCCUUGCUGGGGAUGUUUGCAGCUUAACUGAGCCUUUGGCUAUUGUGUAAACAGCAUGUUUUCUAUCAGCUCUGGAACUGAGGCAAGUAUGUAAGCUGCAUAAAGAACUAACAAUGGAGCACAUAUUGCUUUUUUUAUGUGGAUCUCAAGGUUGUUUUUUCUCAACCACUGUGACUUGUUGCUUCAAGCUGAAAAUGUCCUGUAAAUGUGAAAGGUGACUAUUUGAAUACGUGCUGCCUCUUUUACGUGCAUGUCAGUCUUUUCUCACUGUGCUUGGGGAGGAUCAAUCCUUGCCUCCUGAAAAUUGAACCAUGUCUGUAACAAAAAUGUACAGUUGUUCUCCGUAUUUUGUCAGCAUAAGUGCACGGCAUGCUGAUUCUUGGUUUAUACUGGACUUGAUGCCUUUAACUGCCUGAUGAGAUUGGCUUUGCAUGACAUUUCCCUCAAGGACGACUACUGCUGCUGCUGCUUGGUGUUGAAAAGAGACUUUUUUUUAAAAAAACAAACAUAUUUUACACUAUAAUUACCGAAUUUGUACAAUUUUCAUCCACUGGAUGCUAUAUUUUUCUGAUCUU